CUGAAAGGCAGGAAGAGCAAGAGAGAGGUGGAAGAAAAGGAGGCGUGACGGCAGCAUGCGCUUAUAGAACAAGCUGUUCUGCAGAGAGAAGUCAAAAGGACAGAAAGAUUUUCUAAAAGAUCUUUUCUCCUUGAAGCCGUUCAUUUCUUUAUUCCAUGAGUGCUGCAAGCGUGCUCAGGUCUUUCAGUCCAUCAGCAAUGCCGGGCCCAGUAAUGCCGAUGGACGUGGCGAUGAGAUUCUACAUCAGCCACUCUCCGCCUCCUCUGCGAGGUUUCCUCAGCUCCUAUGAGGAGCUCCAGAGGACCAGGAACCGGGUCAACCAGACCACUAGCCACAACCAGCAGCUCUACAAGCCCCUGAGGCCCUGCCUCAGCAACCAGCAGAAAGCAGUGGACGAUGGAGGCUGUGUGGGCUGGAACACCAACAAGGCCGGCAAGAAGAAGGUGGUGUUCGCAGACACGAAGGGAAUGUCACUCACUGCCAUCCACGUCUUCUCCAAGUUUGACGACGAGCCAUAUCAAAACAAGCGUCGCGGAAUCAGCGAGGAGCUGCAGUUUGACAUGACAGACCUGGAAACAGCCACAAUGGAUCUAAAGAUAAGCGCGGUGCGCAGCCUGGUGCUGGACUUUAAACAGCCCUCAGCUGACUACCUGGAUUUCCGGAACCGCCUGAUUCAGAAUUCGGUCUGCUUGGAGAACUGCUCGCUGCAGGAACGAUCGCUAACCGGCACCGUCAAGGUCCGGAACAUGGGGUUUGAGAAGUCGGUGCAGUUGCGCGCCACCUUCGACUCAUGGGCCACCUUCAUUGACGUUGACUGCACCUUCAUGAACAACGUCUACGGCUGUCAGGAUUCUGACACCUUUGCAUUCGUGCUGGAGCUGCCCACAUACAUCCCACCUCCGAACCGUGUCGAGUUCUGCAUCUGCUACAAAGCCCAGGGCCAGACCUUCUGGGACAAUAACGACGGCAAGAACUACGUCCUCAAGCACGUCGGCUGGAACGGAGAGGACCUGAACAAUACGGCGCCCCUAACUUCUGUUGAGCAGAAGAAGCCAUCCGAGCACAAAAACGGGGGUGUGAAAGUGCUGGAGAUGGAGUUCGAUCAGUUCGGCAGCCCUCGCAUGUCAAGCGGACUCUUUCCCGGCUGGCAGAGUUGGGGUCAGAUCGAUAACACUGUGCCUUAUUGGUGAAACCAUCCGAAUGUUUGCUGAAAUGGCAUUGAAACGAGAUAACAGACACUGACGGGGCAUUCAGUGCAAAUCCAGCUUCGGGUUUGAGCUUAGACUGGCUUUCAGCCAGACAGUAAACUGAAGCAAACAAGCUCUGCUUUUUUAGCAGAGGCGGUGUACAAACCAGACAGAAACCGAACUGUAAAGUGCUCAACUGACCUGCUUUUUGCUGUAUCCUGGUCAUUCGGCCUGAGAGACCUAAUGACCUGUGGUUGGAGGAUGAGGGAUAAAUAGAAAAAAAUUUAUCAUGUUUCACAUAUUCCUCUUUUGUAAAAUAUUAAUGUGCCUUCUCAGAGUGCCUGCCCACUAAAAUACAGAGUAUUUGUACAGCCCACAACAAAUAGGGCCUGAUAUCUUGGUUAAAUAUGCACUGAUUAAGACGUCCUACUCAAUGUGAUGUCUGUAAACGGAAGAAGUGGGAAUGGAGCUGAUUAAGUCCUUCAUAUUGAAGGGAAAGUGUGGGGAGUGCAUGGCGACAAAAUGCUUCUCUAGAGAAACUCAGCUGAUUUAUACCUAAUGAAAAAUGCACACUAAACUCUUGCACCCUAUAAUGAGCAAAUAAUUAAGCGUUAUUCAAAAUGGCCUUAAUUUCAGAUUUUGAGUCAUGCAGCCCUUUCUUUCCCUCCAUGUAAAUUGCACAUUUCCGAUGACAAAAUGUUUUGAUGAUGUAAUGUUGAGGUGAGUUUGUUGCGAAGCCGAGCUGCUAUAACAACAGAGGUGUCACAAGAGAGAGACUCUGCACGUGAUUGGUUGUCUCGAACAGGGAAGAUGUUGGGAAAUUUCGGCGGUUAUAGUAUGUUGAGAAUGAUCGAAGAUCGAAUGUGUGUAUCUGCUUGUUUUAACAAGUGCAAUUCUGUAAUGAGUGUACAGUAUGUGUGGCUGGAAUUAAGAUUUUUCUUUUAUGAAAGAAUCUAUUUUUUUUCCUCACUGUGAAGAAAGGUCUGUGCCCCAGCAUUUUGUAUAACUUGAAGGUGUGAGUCCUGUACUUCUCAAUCAGAAAUAAAUUUCUAUAUUUGUGUUAAAAUA